AGCAGAAGGAAGUCGGUGGCAAAAUGACGUCCGUAACUUAAGUUAUAAAUUCAUCAUCUAGUUCCUGCAGUGAAGAGGUGCCAAAGGCGUUCACCGGUGGCUGUCAACCUAAAUGAAGAUGAGUGACGGACCGAGGAAGCGGGGUGCCAGCAGCUCCCACUCGGAAAGCGGGGACCCCACGCCGGAGCCCGCCAAGGAAUCAGGGGGAGGCGGUGUUGCUCUGAAGAAGGAGAUCGGCUUGGUCAGCGCCUGUGGAAUUAUUGUUGGCAACAUCAUCGGGUCGGGGAUCUUCGUGAGCCCCAAGGGGGUUCUGGAGAACGCGGGCUCCGUAGGCCUGGCCAUCAUUGUGUGGGUGGUGACGGGCGGCAUCACGGCCAUCGGAGCGCUCUGCUACGCCGAGCUGGGCGUCACCAUCCCGAAGUCUGGGGGAGACUACUCCUACGUCAAGGACAUCUUCGGCGGCCUGGCGGGGUUCCUGCGGCUGUGGAUCGCCGUGCUGGUCAUCUACCCCACCAACCAGGCGGUCAUCGCCCUCACAUUCGCCAACUACAUCCUCCAGCCCCUCUUCCCAAGCUGCCUGCCCCCCGACACCGCACUGCGUCUGCUAGCCGCCGUCUGCCUGCUGUUGCUGACGUGGGUGAACUGCUUCAGCGUGCGCUGGGCCACCCGUGUCCAGGACAUCUUCACGGCCGGGAAGCUUCUAGCCCUGGGCCUGAUCAUCAUCAUGGGCAUCGUUCAGAUCUGCAAAGGCCACUACUACUGGUUGGAGCCGGUGCAUGCGUUCGAGACGUUCCGGGACUACGAAGUGGGGCUGAUCGCCCUCUCCUUCCUGCAGGGCUCCUUCGCCUACGGAGGCUGGAACUUCCUCAACUAUGUGACGGAGGAGCUGGUGGACCCCUACAGGAACCUGCCCCGGGCCAUCUUCAUCUCCAUCCCCCUGGUCACCUUCGUCUACGUGUUUGCCAACAUCGCCUACAUCACCGCCAUGAGUCCCCAGGAGCUGUUGGCCUCCAACGCCGUGGCCGUGACAUUUGGAGAGAAGCUGCUAGGGGUGAUAUCAUGGAUCAUGCCCAUCUCUGUGGCCCUCUCCACCUUCGGGGGGGUCAACGGUUCGCUCUUCACCUCCUCGCGGCUGUUCUUCGCCGGCGCCCGGGAGGGCCACCUGCCCCGCCUGCUGGCCAUGAUCCACGUCAACCGCUGCACUCCCAUCCCCGCCCUCCUCUUCACGUGCGUCUCCACGUUACUGAUGAUGUGCACUAGUGACAUCUACACACUCAUCAACUACGUGGGCUUCAUCAACUACCUCUUUUACGGAGUCACCGUCGCCGGGCAGAUUGUGCUGCGCAUCAAACAGCCAGACCUCAAGCGACCAAUCAAGAUCAGCCUGGUGUGGCCUGUCAUCUACCUGCUGUUCUGGGGCUUCCUGCUGAUCUUCUCGCUGUACUCUGAGCCCCUGGUGUGUGGCAUCGGCCUCUUGAUCAUGCUGACGGGCGUCCCAGUCUACUACCUGGGUGUCUACUGGGAGAACAAGCCCGAGUGGUUCGACAGAGGCCUUUGUAAAUUGACCCACGUGUGCCAGAAGUUCUGUUCCGUGGUGUACCCUGCGAUGGACCAGAGCCCACCAGAGGAGGAAAAAGGAGAUGGGCACGAGGAAGACGGGUCGCUAAAAGUGGAUGGUUGACGCGCUAUCCAAUGAAACCGUUGAAAAAGACAUGAUUGAAACGCAUGGGUUUAAAAAACCAUGCUGGGGACAGAAUCCUAGGAACUGGGAGUGAAAUGGUGCACGACCACUUGAUGAUCAGGAACCGAGUCAUUCUGCUGCAGGGCUUGGUUUUCCUGCUUUCUUCUUCCUAGUCUCUUUGAACGGCCUUAAUCCUGAACACCACUGCCUCAAAUGUAUUUAUGCCUGGCAACAGGUGAUGCAAGGUGCAAUGUCGAAGUUACGAACGAGGUCAACUUAUCACACACACACACACACACACACACACACACCGUGUUCAUGUUAACAGUUAAAAAGCCUAAUGUGUUUUUGUAUGGUCUUUGAUACUGUGUUGGGGGGAGGACGGGGGUAAUAUAUUUUAUUGUUUGUAUUGUUCUUCACGUGAUAUCACUAUAGUAGCACUAACAUGUAGCACUUCUAGCUAAUUGGUUGACACGUUUUAUUACAUUGGGAUUCCGUCAUGUGAUUGUCAAAUAUGUUUGUCUUCUGAAAUAAAAGCCUUAAUUGGCUUAUGA